AUGGAAAUUAAUAAAAUUAUUGAAAUUAAUAAUAAUAAUAAUAAUAAUAAUAAUAAAAUUAUUGAAAAUAAUAAUGAUAAUAAAAAAAUUAUUGAAAUAAAUAAUAAUAAUAAUGAUAAUAAUAAAAUUAUUGAAAUAAAUGAUAAUAAUAAUAAUAAUAUAAAAGAUAAAAUUUUAAAAAAAGAAAAUAAAGACUCAAUUUUAAUGAAACCACCACCAAUAUUCAUUACACCAGCAAAUAAAGAUGAUACUAUUACUGUUUUUCAUCAAGGUCAUAUUAUAUCAAUACCAAGAAAAUUGAAAAUUAAUCUUAAAUCAAUUACUGAUUGUGGUCCUGAUGGUGUAAUGUUUAGAGCUAAAAAUGAAGAUUCUAAAGAAGAAGUUAUCGUAAAGAAAAUAUCGGUAUUCUUAAUGAAGGAUGAUAAAAUGGCAAGAAAAUUAUUAAGAAAUUUAUUAUUCCAAAGACAUUUUCAACAACAUCCAUUGGUAUCAACAUUCCAAAGUGUUUUCAAAAGGAAAUCAUCUGAAAAUUAUUUAAUUUCAAAUAAAAACAAUAGAAAUAAUGUUAGACUACCUUUACUACAACAAAAGGGUGAUGAUGAUAUUUAUUUUGAAUAUCUUUUACCAGAGUUUACAUUACUUCAAAUGAUUCAUAAUAAACUAUUAACUGAAUAUAAUAUAAUGAUUUUCUUAUAUCAAUUAUUAACCGUAGUUAAAUUCAUGCAUUCCGCUGGUGUCAUCCAUAGAGAUAUCGAUCCAAGUGCAAUCACAAUUGACCAAAAUCAAUGUUUGAAAUUAACUGAAUUCUAUUUUUGCUUUCCUUCAAAUUGUCCAGUUGAUUUAUUUUUCAAUGAUUAUGAUACAAGUUCAUUUAUUUAUCGUGCUCCUGAAACAAUUUGGAGAAACACAACCUAUACUACUGCCAUUGAUGUUUGGAAUAUUGGUGUAAUUUUCGGUGAAAUGAUAUUAGGAAAAAGACUUUUUAAAACCCAAGAUUUUGAAGAUCAUUUAAUUUCAAUUUCAAAAUUAAUUGGUAAUCCAACUGCUGAAGACCUUUCAAUAGUUCUUAGUAAAAGUAUUUUUCAAUAUAUGGAAAAAAUUCCAAAAUCAACUUUAACUCCAUCAGUUGGAAUUAAAAGGAGAUUUAAAGGUGCUAGUAAAGAUCAAAUUGAAUUAUUACAAGGUAUGCUAUGUUGGGAUCCAAGAAAAAGAAUGACAAUUGACCAAUUAUUAGCUCAUAAAUAUUUUUCAACAAUUCAUGAUGAAUCAAUGCAAAUUAAAUGUAAUGAAAUUUUUAAUCUUAAAUAUUACCCAGAUUUUUAUAAGAUGAAAUCGGAUUUAGUAAAAAAAUCAAUUGAAAAUGAAUUUUUAACCCCAUGCUGA